AGCGCUGUGGAUGGAGAGUGUUGUAGCUGCAAAGUUUGUCUCACUUACAUGUGUCAGUGAAACAACAGUUCAUGAGUAUUAAACACAUGUCAACUAACGUCGUGGUUAGCAUACAGCACUGUCGCUAAAAGGGGAGGAGGAGUGAAAUCUAUCACUGACAGCUAACGGAUGGGUGAUUCAUCAUGUGUUGUAUAUAAGAAGAAUGACCCAUUACUUUAACCACUGAAGUCAUUGUGUGUCCUGAAAAUGACUUUCUCACCUCUGUGUGAUAGGCCAUGAUUGGCUUGUCAAGUUAUGCAGGGGUUAUGGAAAGUCUAAUCAAUUCUGCUGAAGAGCAGCAGCCCUCCUCUCCCCUGGACAAGUCAUGGUCCAAUAAACAGGAAUCAAGCAAGAAUCAAAAGCCAGGUGUCGGUGGAUUUGUUUUGGUGCAUGCUGGAGCAGGAUACCAUUCUGAAUCGAAGGCAAAGGAGUACAAGCAUGUGUGCAAAAGAGCCUGCCAGCGAGCUGUGGACCGGCUCAAAGCUGGGGCUCUUGCAGUGGAAGCAGUGGCUGCAGCACUGGUUGAACUUGAGGACUCUCCUUUUACAAACGCUGGCAUGGGCUCCAACCUUAACUUGUCAGGGCAAAUUGAAUGUGAUGCGAGUAUCAUGGAUGGGAAGUCGCUGCAUUAUGGAGCUGUAGGCGCCAUUAGUGGUAUUAAGAACCCAGUUUUAGUUGCAAAUCGUCUACUGAAUGAAGCACAGAAAGGGAAACUCUCAGCUGGCAGAAUACCUCCCUGCUUUUUAGUGGGACGAGGAGCGCAUGAUUGGGCCGUCAGCCAUGGUAUACCACCAUGCCCUUCAGAGAAAAUGGCUACCAAGUUCAGUUUAUCUGCGUACAAGAGAAACAAGAGAAAGAUGGAGCUGGCGGAGAAAAUGGACACAGGACAUAAUCAAACAAAGAAAAGACGACAAUCAAGUGAAAAUGAAAAUGGUUCAGGGUGCCUCGACACAGUGGGAGCCGUUGUGGUUGACCUGGAAGGGAAUGUAGCUGCAGCAGUGUCCAGUGGAGGCCUGGCCAUGAAACACCCCGGCAGGGUUGGCCAGGCUGCUCAUUAUGGAUGUGGCUGCUGGGCUGAAAAUGCCUGUAAUAUGAACCCUUACUCUACAGCAGUGAGUACCUCAGGCUGUGGAGAGCAUCUGAUUCGCACCAUGCUGGCACAGGAAUGCUCUGCUGCCAUGCAGUCUGAAGAUGCCCACCAAGCACUGCUGGAGGCUAUGCAAAACAAGUUCAUCAGCUCACCCUUUCUGGCCAGCGAAGACCGUGUUUUGGGUGGAGUAAUUGUCUUGCGGUGCUGCAGAUGUGUGGAAGCUCAGCCAUCUCAAAAUAUUCAGGGUAUACUGGUGGAGUUCCUAUGGAGUCACACCACAGAGAGCAUGUGUGUUGGCUACAUGUCUGCCCAAGAUAGCAAAGCAAAGACACACAUAUCCAGACUACCACCUGGGACCGUUCCUGGCCAGUCCCUGGCCAUCGAGGGAGGUGUGUGUCGACUGAUGAGUGUAGCGGAGUGAGCCGCAUUUACCUUCCUCCUGGGCCUCCUUAGCAAUACUCCAAUACAAACCCUUCCACACACACACACACACACACACACACACACACACACACACACACACAUACCUUUGUGAUGCUAGAAGUAAUAAGCUUUAGCUGUUUUAACAGGUUUCCAGGAAGGAGGGAGGGGUGUUAGCUUCUAGUUAGUGCACUUACAGGACUUCCUGUUGCCACUGUCUGCCUACAGCAUGUACUCUAUGCCAAUCUACACCCCCCUCAGCUCUCCAGUGUCACCUGGAUUAGACUUGAUGCACCAUUGCCUUGAUUCACCAUUAUUUUUCUUUGUUACUCUUUUCCAACUAAAAAGUGACGUCCUUCCUUUUGUAUAUAAGCUAUGAUUUAGGUAAACAGGGUGGAUGUUCAUGUUAUUUUGUAUUGCUGAACAGAUGUGACUAUUUUCAAACUUUUAGGAAUUUAAAAUGCAAGACCUUAUUUUCUUGUUAAAAAAAUAUACUUUUCAAGUAUAAAGGAUGUCGGUAUGCACCUUGUGGGAAUGCCUGCUACUCAAGAUAACUGUUGUUGUGAAUGAAGCAUUUACAGCUGUGAGAGUUUGAACAGUGAAGAUAAAAGCAAUUUAUAUUAAUAAACACGUACAGACCAACUUCCAUGUACUCACACAUAUUGUUAUUAAUCCUCCAGCAUACUGUAUAAUGUAGCAUUUAUGUGCAUCUUAGAUCAUGAUGAGUUUUAUAACCAUUACGGCCAUAGAAUUUGUUUUGCUAUGAUUGUUUUAAAAUGUGAACACACAGCUAUUGCAUGUCCAAAAAAAAAACAAAACACCUCCAGUAAGCCACUUUUUGUUCUCUAGCAGGCGUAGAGUUGAUCAAGAAGCAGUUCGCAGAGUGAUGCUGAUACUAUAGCGCUCAGGUAGCAGUAAUUGAUCCCACCGCCAAACAUGACUGUUAGUCAGCAUUUAAAAACACAAUUUAUAUUUGUAGAGUUACAUUGAAGGACAUGUAUUUUCUUGUUUAGAGAGAAAAAAGGACAGCUUAAAACGAAUUUAUGCAUUUUUAAGCCCAUGAAAUGGUGCUGUUGAUUGUACUUGAAAAGAGUAAAGGUCUAACUAAAUCGAUACUUCUGUCGGGAUAAUCAAUUUCUCUGAUUUUGCUGUUAAACUCAGUUACUAAUAAGAAUUCCAACAAAACCAUGAUAGAGCUUGUCUUAUCUUUACUUGAAAAUGCAAUGAAUAUAAAAUGGUAUAAGCUAUGGAAAUGAUUGCACAGCUCUCUACAGUGCUUGAAAAGUAAAUAAAAUCUAUGUUGCUACA